AUGGCUAACAAGAAAGCUGGCAAGGGCCAUAGGAAGCCGCAAUCGGCAAGGAAAAACCAAACCAAUGGUAGUAAAACGCUUUUAGAAAGAAUGCAAAUGUCAAGAAAAGUGGACAAUGUUAAGAAAGGGUCGAAAAGCGCAAAAGAAGUGGGUCUUCGCGUGGUUGCAGGUCGAUUGGUAAGUGCAAACGACGUGGGUGUCUUGUUGAGAGAAGCAGCGGCGCGGACAACGCCAGUUCAUAAAAACCUGAAAAAGGGAGUGAAGAGAAACGAAAAGAACGGUCUCAAUAGUGGUGCGGGCAAGCGUUUGGAGACAAAGUUGCAAAGACGUGAGACGGCGAGAAACCGUGAGCGCGCUCACGUACAACCAUAUGGUAAAGAUUUGUACUUGACAGUUAACACGUCGUCAGAAGUGCGGUUUUUGAGACUUCGAAACCUACCAUUAGGUUCUGAUUCGCUUUCUUUGACGCAAGCAGUUGAAAAAAUUGCUGGCGUAGCCGUACAGAAAACCUCAGUUGUCGAUUUGCCCUCAGGAUCCGUGACAGCGGAGCUUUGGCUUCAAAGCUCUGAUGACAGGGCGCUUGUUGAAGCCCAAAAACGUCUAGAUCGUGCCAACGUCAAUAACCGUGUCAUUUCCGCAGAAAUCGUGUCUUCAUAG